AGCGGGCAAGGGGCCUUCCUGUAGAGUCUCGGUGGGUGGAUUUGCCUGACGCAAGAAUGGGAGAAGCUCUCGAAUUUCCAAGAGAUAGGUUGGGUUACCGGCCACCCAGGAGAGAAGAGGAAGGGGGACCGAGUAGAAGGGACCUUAGAGACAAGAGGCCAGCGGAGGCAGGUAGUAGGCCACGAAGAUGGGCCGUAAGAGAAACGGAUGCUGCCUGGAUUCCCGGCGAGAUAACGGGCAUAAAUCAGGGGGUGGAGGCCUGGAGGAGCUUUAGGGAGCAGGGCCAUGCUCGGUGGGAGGCAGAUUGGCCGGAUGAGCGGGGCGGCUACGAGGAGGACCCCUGGGAGCCUCCGAGACCUCGGGGCCGGGUAGAGGAGCCGGAUCCCUCGAGGUACAAGCCGUACGAUCCAGCAAUCGAUGGGCCAAUGGAAGGUCCCUAUUUUCGCCGAUACGACGACCGACGAGUUCCUUAUUACGACGUCAACCUGGGUCUGGAGACACUUUUCUUCAACGGGCGAGAUGUGACUCGGUUCGUGGAGAAAUGGGAAAGUUAUGCUUACCGUAAGAGAUUCUCUGAAAGGGAGUGGAUCGACUAUUUCAUCCAACACUCGGACCCGGAGUUAGACCCCACGAUUCGGGCUAUCUACCCCUCAGACGGGCGGUGGAGGACCUUCAGGGCGAGCCUAUUGCAGACUUUCACCUGUGAUGACCUGAUCCCGACCGUGGAGGGCUUGCGACGAAUUACAAGGGGGGAACGGGAGAGUUUGGUGGCCUUCACUCGUAGGUUCAAGCGCCUGUCCCAAGCCCUAGUGGAUAGGGGGAUGCUGUCUGAAGUGGAUAGGUGUGUGAUGUUCAUGCUGCACCUGCCCGAGGAGAAAAGGAAAGAGGUCCUUGAAAAGGCCCCGAGGGAUUCUGCCAAUUUCGAGAAAGUCGCCGAGGUGGUUUUCACAGGAGGAGGAGUAGAUGUGAGGGAGUUACUGGGAGUAUAUGAAAGAGACCUUAGACAUGGCACUCCGCAACAUGCGAAGCACGCGGAACGAUGGUCCAAGGGGGAGCGAUAAACCGCCCCCGGGUCCACUUGUUCCCCGGUGGGGAGAACGGCCUACCGGAUGGAGGAACGAAUCAAGUAGCCAAGGAGGU